CAUCCUAUAUAGCAUAAAGCAAACAAUCUUUUCCUUGAAAGAAAUCAUAAAACAAACACUCUUUUGCGUGUGAGAAAUCAUUUCAUAUUUUCAUUCCAUCAACAGAUUCCUUAACUGCUGGCAUCCCCCUUUACAAAUUUCCCAGGUCAAAGAACAACCUUUCUUACCUCCUUCAACAUAUUCCAUUAAUGGCAGCUGUUCCCACUUCCCAUCCCCAGCCCACCAUUUGACAAAUUCACGCGAAUCACUCAAAAAAGUUCAUAGUUAUCUCCAUUUGUCUACAUGUAAAUACCUCGAUUCAUAGAUUCAGAUCAAUCCAACCAUAAUUUACAUCUCAGAAAAUGAUCAAUUCCAGCGAAACUGAGCAGCAAAAAUUUCUCCCCAAGAGAAUAAUCUUGGUUCGACAUGGCGAGAGCGCAGGAAAUCUCGACGGUGCAGCCUACACCACCACCCCCGAUUACAAGAUCCCUCUAACACCAGAUGGUAUAGCACAAGCCAAUCUCGCCGGAACCCAGAUCCGGGAUGUGAUCUCCGACUCCGGGAAGCUCCGUAACUGGAAGGUUUGCUUUUAUGUAUCACCUUAUGAGCGAACUAGGUCAACUCUUCGAGAGAUUGGGAAAUCGUUCCCUAGAAAGAGAGUAAUUGGGGUUCGAGAAGAAUGUAGAAUUAGGGAACAGGAUUUUGGGAAUUUUCAGAUUACUGAGAGGAUGAAGAUUAUAAAGGAGACUAGAGAACGAUUUGGUAGAUUCUUCUAUCGAUUUCCUGAGGGCGAAUCUGCUGCUGAUGUCUUCGAUCGUGUUUCAAGCUUUCUUGAAUCUUUAUGGAGGGACAUCGACAGCAGGUUUCAGCAUGACCCUGCAGAUGAUUUAAACAUCAUAAUAGUUUCACAUGGACUUGCUGCUCGUGUCUUUCUAAUGAAAUGGUUCAAAUGGACAGUUGAACAAUUCGAAUACUUAAAUAAUUUCAACAAUUGUGAGUUCAGAGUAAUGCAAUUAGGAGAUGGAGGUGAAUACAGUUUAGCUGUUCAUCAUUCAGAAGAAGAAAUGCAACAAUGGGGAUUAUCUCCUGAAAUGAUAGCUGACCAAAAAUGUCGUGCAAAUUCUCCAAGAGGUGGAUUUAUUGAAAAAUGUCAAUGGUAUUUAGAUGGUUUCUUUGACCAUGUUGACCCUGAUGAUUCUGAAGAUGGUGAAAAUGAAGAUAACACUGAUGACAAAACUGUUUCUUGAAGUGAAAAGAUAAUAAUGUAAACUGCAAACAUUAUAGCAAUGUAUUUAUAUUUCUUUACUCAUGAUAGUUAGAUAUUUGAAUUACUUUGAUUCUUUGAAUAACAUUGUGUGGGGGAUUCUUUUUUGGGAAAAUUGAUAUUGCCUGUAAAAAAAUGUAAAAGGCGUAACGUAUAUUACCAUUUUUCCUGCGA